AUGGCAGACGCAGUAGUCCAACUUCGGUGUGGUGUCAAGAACGAUGACUGGGGGAAGAAAGGAAAAGAGUCGAUGGUAGCUCAGCUAUGGUCGAAAACCCCCAAAAAUGGACCAAUUGACGACUCCAAGCACUAUUCAGAAAUGUGGAUGGGCACGUAUCCUUCAAACCCAUCCCACUUACUUUCCACGGGCGAACACCUUGGGGACUAUCUGAAGAAGCACCCUGAGCUAGUGGGCAAGUCCGUCCACGACCGAUGGGGUGCCGAGAUUCCAUUUCUGCCAAAGAUUCUAUCUUUCAGCAAAGCGCUACCCUUACAAAUCCAUCCAGACCAGAAACUCGCUACACAAUUGCACAAAGAAGAUCCUAAGAAGUAUGGCGAUCCAAUGCACAAGCCGGAGAUUGCAAUCGCACUCUCAAAAUUCGAGCUCUUCGCCGGCUGGAAACCCCUGAAAGACAUUCAAUCGCUGUUCGAGUUGAACCACCUGGCAAAGUACAUGCCCAAAUCCGGACAAUUCAACGACGAGGACCUACGCCAAGUAUGCAAGGCUUUACUCAGCGCACCAGCCAAAGAAAUCGCACAGACAAUGAAAGAUCUACAAGCCAUCCCGGAAUCCCAGUUCGGCGCACACACCUACAUCCCCAGCCUCCUUGGUCGUCUGGCAAAGCAAUACGGCGAAGGCGACAACGGAAAUCUGGUCGCCGCCCUGCUGAUGAACUACAUGACCCUAGGACCGGGAGAUUCCGUCUUCGUCCCGCAAGACAGCAUCCACGCCUACCUCGAGGGUGAUAUUGUGGAGUGCAUGGCGCGGUCGGAUAACGUCAUCAACACGGGUUUCUGCCCGGCCGCAGAACGCGACAGCGUCGAGUUGUUCGGGCAGGCUCUCAGCUUUGUACCGCAUAGUUCAGAGGAUUCGCUGUUGCCGCGUAAAAAGAGCGACAAGGGCUUGAAUGGUAAGACGGAUGUCUAUGCACCGCCCAUCAGCGAAUUCUCGGUGCUGUGUACUACUCUCGGCGCUGGGGAAAGCGAGACGCACAAGGCUAUUCUGGGGCCGAGUCUAAUGAUUGUUACGAAGGGUUGUGGUCAGAUGAAAUUCCCCGAGAAUAAAACCGCUGAGUUGAAGGAGGGAUAUGUUUUCUUUGUGGGGCAGGGUGUUGCGCUGGACUUUGUGACCGACAAGGGCAUGGCUGUUUUCCGGGCGUAUGCGGAGUAA